CAUCGGGAAAUUUUUUUAUGUGAGCUUUUAGAAGAUGCCAAAGAAUAAAGGUAAGGGAGGAAAAAACAGAAGGAGAGGAAAAAAUGACAACGAAGGGGAGAAGCGGGAAUUGCUCUACAAGGAGGAAGACCAAGAAUACGCACAAGUGUUAAGGAUGUUGGGGAAUGGCCGAUUGGAGGCCCACUGCUUUGACGGGGUGAAGCGACUCUGUCAUAUUAGGGGGAAAAUGAGAAAGAGGGUUUGGAUAAACUCUGGUGACAUCAUUUUAGUAUCCCUGCGGGACUAUCAAGACAGCAAGGCGGACGUCAUUGCAAAAUACACACCUGACGAGGCAAGAAGCCUGAAAACGCACGGAGAAUUGCCCGAAACGGCCAAAAUUAACGAAACGGAUAUUUUCGAUGACGACGCACAGAACGGAGUCGAAUUUUUGGACGAUGAAUCUGACGAGGAGGCCCAAGAAGAAAUGAACAACGCGAAAAAAUUGGAAAUAGAAGACAUAUAACGACAACGAGAGGGGACCAGAAGAUGCCCACAAUUUGUAUUCACAUGUGCGUCGCGGAAGAAUCGAAUUAAUUAUUUUCCGUUUUGUUUGACAGCGCUGCAUGUUGAUGUGUGCAUGUGUGUGUUGUCCUCGUGCCACAGUUGCCCUUUUUUAAAAAAUAUACCUUUAUCAAUUUUUUUAUUUUUUGUAGCUCCUUUUUUUUUUUUCCUCCAUAAUGUACAUAUUUAAACCAAAC